GCCCCCUGCCGGCCGGCCGGCGCCCCGCGCUCGCCGGCUCGCGCCCAACGCUCGGCACCUAGACGUCCGCGGCCGGAUGCCCAGCGUCCGCACCGUCCUCGGCCUCCUGGCGGCUUUGGCGGCCUGCGGCGCCGUUGCCUUCCUGGGCUACUGUGUUUACUUCGACCGGAAGCGGCGUGGCGACCCCGCGAUCAGGCGCCGCCUGCGGGACAAAAGAAGAGCCCAGCAGCGGAAGGCUGAGGGACCGGGCGCCCAGUUGUGGGAUCCGGCAAAGAAUGAAAAAUUACAAGAACUUUUUCUGCAAGAGAUACGAAUGGGACAACUUUGGUUAUCCAGAGGAGAGUGUCAGCUGGGGGUUGAACAUCUCAGCACUGCCCUUUUAGUGUGUGGACAACCACAGGAACUUCUGAAGGUUUUCAAACACACACUUCCUCCUCAAGUAUUUGAGAUGCUGUUGCACAAAAUUCCCCUUAUUUGCCAGAGUUGGAGCUGAAGAAGCCAGCAAUCUGCAAAUGCCAAUGGGCACAGUCAAAACCCCCCAUCUCUCCAAAGCUGGCCCUCUCUAGCCAAAGGGCCAGGAAAGGGGAAGCCUGUAAAAUAGAAAACUUUUAAACAAUAACUGUAUACUCCAGGCAAACAAAAACACUGUGGCCUGCAUCCCCCAUCCACCACAUCACUAUAAGCCAACUGAGGAGCCUACAUUUCCACCCUCACUAAGCUGUAAUGAGGCACUAAGUCCGCCAGACUUCACAGAAGGGAAACUAGGAAGCAAGGACUUUCAUCCUUACUGGGCUUUAAUGACGGCUACCCCAUCCCCAACAAGUGUCAGUGGAAACAACAUGAGGAACCUGGACUUGUACCUCAAUGGCAGUAAUGAGGUACCCUUCUCUCUCCCCUCUGGGCUGUAUCAAAGGAGGCCUCUUUGAGAUUCAAGGCUUGCAUUACUGUCCCAUGGUAAUUAGCUCAUUGUACCCUCUUCCAGUGUCAGUGGAGAUCAUGUGGGGAGCAGUACCAGUCACUCUGAGCCAGGGUGAUACCAGUGGAGGCCUGCUGGACAGCCAUAACUCCUACUCUUGCUCAGCAGUACCGAGGAGCACACCACCUCCAUACACCUUAAGUGACAGAGUCAGGGCCCCUGCCCUUCUUUCCUACAUCUAGUAGUAAUGAGGCAGCAUGCCCCCCCCCCCCCACCGCCACUUCUGCUAAUGGAGCAGUGGCAAAAGGAGCCGGCUAGAGAAGAAGGUUUACCAAGAUCUAGAACCUCAAAAUACAGUAUGCAAAAUGUCUAAGUUACAAAAAAAAAUUGGUCAUCAUACCACAAGAUAAGAAAAUCUCAAACUGAAUGAAAAAUAGACUCUCUCUAUAUAUCCAAUACUGAGAUGAUGGAUUCGGAAUUAUCUGACAAUGAUUUUAAAAUGGUUAUUAUAAAAAAAAUACUGCAAUGAGCAGUUAUGAAUAUCCCUGAAACAAACAAGAUAUUACAAGAACCAAAUGGAAAUCUUAAGAAGUGAAAAAUAACCAAAACAAACUGAACAGAUGUAAUCAACACCAGAAUGAAGGACAGAGGAAGCAGUCAGCAAAUCAGAGGACAGAAAACAUAAUUAACCAAUCUGAAUAACAGAAAACUAUAAUGAAAAAAAGAAAUGAACAGAGUACCAGGAACCUAUAUGAAUGUAAUAAAAGAUCAAACAGUUGUUUCAACAGAGUCCUGGAAGAAGAGGAACAAAGAGCAGGGAUGUAAAAGUACUAGAAGAAAUGGCUAAAAACUUCCCAAAUUUGGCAAAAAUAAAUUUAUAUAGAUCCAAGAGAAGCUGAAUGAAUGCCAAAGAGCAUGAACACAAAGGAAUCUAUAUCAACAUAUAGCACAGCCAAGCAUUUAAAAAACUAAAGACAAAAAAGGGUAGCAAGUGAAAAAGUGACAUCUUACCUAUAGGGGAAAACAAUUAGGAUAUUAGUCAACCCAGUGCCUGUAUCUAGAAAAAAUACACUUCAGGAAUGAAGGGGAAAUCAAGACAUUUUCAAAGGGAGGAAACUAGAAUUUGUUGUCACCUGAUCUAUCCUUAAAGAAGAAUUAAGUUCUAAACAGAAAGGAAACGAUAAUAGGAGACUUAGAACAUCAAGAAGGAGGAAAAACAGAGUAAUAAAAAAUAUGAAUAAGUACAAUACACUUUUCUUCUUAAGUGUCCUAAACUGUUUGACAGUUGAAGCAAAAAUUAUAAAACUGUCUAAUGUCAAUUUAAAUGUGUAUUAAUAAAUAUGGUAAAGGCAAAGGGAGGUAGGUGUAUCACUGAAACUGGUGCUGACACCAUUAGACUGUAAUCAGAUAUGUAAAUAUCAUGUAGUACCUACAGCAAUCAUUAAAAAG